AUGGAAAAGCCCGAGUCUCUCGCGUCGGUUAGCGGCCUCACUGCGGAAUCCCCUCGGGGGGUUCCUAGGGCAGUACCAGGAGGUGUCCGAGGUAUACAAACAGACACCGGAAUGCCCUCCGGAGUAGCCUUGUUUCCUGGUUCUGGCCCCCUCUUGCAUUCCGGGGGCACUGUAAUUCGUAGUCCUGGUCCAAUCCAGCCCUCUGAAGGGGUAGUGACCCUCAGUUCCAGACCCAGUCUUCAUCACGGGGAGGUUGCAGGUUGUAGCUUUGGGUCCAGCAAAUCCCCUGGCACUGAAACCGGUGCAACUAGGGCUUCCAUCCCUGGGCCGGGGGAGCCUAAAGUGUCCAGCUCGGAGAAUAGUCCACAUUCCGGGUCAGCUCCCUUGAACUCUCAAAACUGUGAGGAGCGUCCCCGGAGCAUCCUAAAAAACAGCAGUUCCUUCAUGAUGAAGAAAACCUCCAGUAAGGAGAAGAAAUCUCAGCGCUGGGAUGAGAUGAACAUCUUGGCUACCUACCACCCCGCUGACAAAGACUAUGGCUUUAUGAAGGUGGAUGAACCCAGCACCCCCUACCACAGGCUGCAGGACAAUGACGAGGACCUGUCUGCAGGGUCUUCUCUGAAGGUGACCCCUGAAGCACUGGCAGAGAGGUUUGCCACAAUGGACAAUUUCCUCCCCAAGGUCCUCCAGUAUGGAGACAACAGACGCUCAAGGACUGCAGAUAGCUUUGCCAAGACUUACUCCAGUGAUUUUGACAAACACCGAAAGAUACACUACAGUGAAGGCAAAUUCCUGAAGGCCCCGAGAAACCUGCCCUCAGCCAAUGAGGACGAGAGCGGUGGGGCUAGUGCCAGCAUCAGCAGUAGUAAUCAAAGUGUGGUGAUGGACCUGAAGUCCAGGCCUGUGGACAAAGGCUGGGCAGGAAGACUGGCCACAGGAGUCAAAAACGAGACUGUCCUGGUGACUGACAGCCAUGCCCUAGGCACCAAAGAUUCUGCCACUUACAGAAACCAGUUCCCCUCAGCUUCAGACUCUACCGUGGGGGAGCAGACUAAUCUACAGCGCAAGGAGUAUUACAGUAAAGGAAGAUACCUGAGGUCCUGUUCCCACCCAGAGCUCGGAGAGGAUAUAGAAGAUGAAGAACAGGACAGUUCUUCAGACCUGAUCUGGGUUACUGAGAAUCCCAAAGGCACCUCAGGCAAUGGGUCUCAGGUGGCAUCCAACUGUUGGGCUAAGGGGCUGACAUACCGAAGCCCAAGGAACUCAGAAAAGGAACAUGGAAAUAACCAGAACCCUCCACGCUGGAACGGGCGCAGACAUGAGCCUGGGCAGAGGCAAGGGGAUGAAAGCUUGUGGCUCCAGUGGACUCAGGACAAAGAGCCUAGACCAUGGAAAAUGUAGCCGGCUGAGGAUGGGGUGAGGACAGCCUUCCCCUGCCCUUCCCACUCUAAUAGUGGACAAUAAAGACAACAUCAGGAACCAG